ACCAUCACCACUUUUCGAUAGCAAUUGGAACCGCAGAUACAAUUCUAUUCUUUUGCCUUCUUGGCCGGCUGGUGUUCCGACCUCAAUCUUUGAGCUUUCGAAUAUCUGCCUUCUCCUUGAUCUUUCUCGAGUCAACUCGACUUCCACAAAAGAUACAGAAAUCACUUUACCCACACGUACUCGUUCGCUCUUGUAUGGAGGCUCUGCAAUUAUAGCUGCGAGAGAAUUCUGAAGAGAUCAAGGAACCAUGUCGUUCUUCCGUUUCGACACCAAUCUGCCCCGCGAUCGCGGACACAACAGUGGUGCGCCUGGCUUCUCACAAGCUGCAGAUCCUUUUGCAGGCUUGUCGGGAAGAGACAAUGACGAUGAUGAUGCACUCGAUUUCGAGGAUACGUACGACGGACUAGGUGACCAGUUAGAUGAGACAGAUGAUGCUUUCAACGACGAUACAUUCGGUGGUGGUGAGGCGGUUGCUGCGAAGAAGCCUGUGGGCAUGGACUUUGACUUCUUUGGACAAACUGCAAAGGUGUCGGAUGCUAUCAGUGAAGAACAAGCUCGAUUCAGUCGUCAACCGCCCCCUGCUAAAGUUGCCCCGUCGACCUCAAUGUUCACACAGCCGUCUGCAAAGCCUGCAAGAACUGGUUAUGAGCGGUACAAGGAACCUGAAUAUAUGCCCGAGAUGCAAGUUGAUGCCAAUCUGUGGGGCGUUGCGCCAAAGCGUUCUACUCCAGUUGUGGCUCAACCGCUUGAAUCACCUUCAACUCCUGGUCUUGCCUCUGGCGGCCGCAAAAUGAUGAGUCUCGAGGAAGUCGAAGCUGCUAUGCGGGCACAGGCCAAGAAGCCAGCCCCAGCGCAAGCCCCUGUCCCGCAACAAGCCCCGGCACCUUCUCAUCCUCAACAUCCGCAACAAUACUCACAAGCUCCCCCGCAGCAGUAUCAGCCUUAUCCUCAACAACCUCGAAAUCCAGAUUACCCAGUUCAAGGCAGCGGUCCACCAAGAGAUGACGCUCGGUCGGUUCCGGUUCCACAACCAGUACAAAUCUUGCAACGGAACCAACAACAGCCGUCUCCUUCCCAAGCAGCACCACCGCAGCCAACCCAAAUCCUCCAGAACCCCAAUCGCUAUUCUGCUGAACAACAAAAUCGGGCUCCUGCUGUACAACAUCCAGGCCACCAAUCACGCCCAUCUGGCUCCCGACAUAUCAUCACCCAUCCACAACAGCUAGCUAAUCUUACUGAAGAAGAGAGGGCUGCUUUUCUGAUGGAAGAUGCAAAGCGUGCAAAGAGAAACCACAAGAUCUUCCUACUCUCCAAAGACAACGGUCUGAUGACUCCGCAAGACAAGAACUUCAUCACUCGAAUCCAGCUACAACAAUUGGUCACUGCCACUGGUAACCCAAAUGAGCACGGUACAGAUGCUGGCUUAUCCGAGGAUUUCUACUACCAGGUCCACAAUCAAAUUCGAGGUGGUCCUCGUCAGCACCCUGGUCAACCUCUAAGUAACUUCGCCCAGACCUAUCUCUUUCAGACGGGUGGCCGGCAUGGAGGCAUGCGACGUCAAGCUCGGGGCGGCGAUAACCACAUGCAACGGAUGGAGCAACAAGUCCAACGAGCCGUUGAAGCUGCCAAGAACAAGCCAAAGAACAAGCAGUUGGUUAUCGAAGGCAGCUUAGGGAAGAUCUCUUUCAGUAACGCAAAGACCCCGAAGCCCUUGCUCAACAUCAAGCGUCCUGAGAGUGGAACAGAUGGACACAGACCUGGUAGCUCUGCUCGUGAUCGCAGACCGCCUGGUGUCAAUGGUAGUGACAGGAAGACCGUCUUGAGGGACAUCGAGAACGUCUACAAUACGUUGAUGAAGAUGGAAGAUCACGCUCGUCAUAUGCCUCCUCCUAUUACUGAUGACAUCAACCCGGAGCUUGUUGGUCUACAUAUGGAUUGGCAAGAAAAGGCAAAGUCUCUGAACGAACAACUGUGGCAGCAACUCAAGAUUCACGAACCAAUCGGGGGCCCUAGUACGCAUCCUUUCAUUGCUUUCUUAUCCUACAGCAAGGGUAAGAAGGCCAUCCCCAGAGUGUUCCGUCACAUUACCCAAGAACAGCGCACUACCAUUUUGACUAUGAUUGUGGUACACUUGGAUCAGUUGGAUGUUGUCCGACAAGCUAUACUCUUGCCAGGAGAAAACCAAGUCAAUGCUGCAGUUCGUGAGCAAGUGGAGCUAUUCUCGUUAGCAGUCAUGCCUCCACUUUUCGGGUUUCUCAAUGAGGCUGAAUUGAACAUUGUUGCCGCUGUUUUGGGUGUUAUCUGCUCUCGCGUCAACGUUGACGUGAUUGCACGAACUAGGAUUGGUGUCAGCAUGUUGACCAUGAUUUUGAGUCGUGCCGAGCUCAUUAAACAAGGUGGUGAUAUUGCGGAACAAGAAUGGGAGCACUGGGUCGGUCAAUACAACACCUUAUUUGACUUGCUCGAGCCUACGCUGCCAAAUAUUUUCCCGGGUACAGUCCAUACUGGCGAGGAUGUCUAUGUUUGGCAAUUUCUUGCCGCAAUUGGUAUUGGUGCCAGCCCCGAGCAGCAGCAACGACUUGUCAUGGCUGUCAAGGAUCGUGUCAUGGAGACUGUUGCUCUCUCCAAGACCCUUCCUGCAGAAAUGUCGAGCCAACGAUUGGCAAACGUCAACCUCUUCAUGCGAUCUAUUGGAUUGGACGUCGACCUGCUUGUUGCGUGAACGAAUAACGUGACGUGUUUCUAGAUUUAUUAGCAUCCAAUUUUUCUUUUCGGUUUUUAAGAUAUUUGAAAGGGUGGCAAGCAUUGGAAGAAAGCGAGUGGUAUUUGAUUAAGAUGCCAUACAUUUGCUUUUGAGAAGCAUUGCACUGUUUGCGUAGCGACUAUAGCAUGUCAGUCACUGGAAGUGACCGAACUUAUGAUUGGAAUGAGAAAAAUGAAGCGGCUGUCUUCUGGAGUGAGCGAACAUACAUUUAUGGUCUACUUCUCACGGCUUGAUGAGAUCCAACCGGGCACUAUGAUGCUUUGCAGCAUAGGAUGGAUGGUGGUCUCCAAAUCUGACACAGAUGGCGAGACAUUUAAAUAAUAAGUAGCAAUAAAAUAAACAUCAAUGAG